CCUCGCUGCCAUUUAGUCCUUGAGCAGAUGAUAAAGAGGGGACAGAAAAAAACCCUUCACGCCCCUGUCUUAGCGUGGUCAGAACUGUACCGAGCACUACAAAUCACUGCAGCCUGAAAGCGUGAGCUUUUUUUUUUUUUCCUUCCCUUUAAAAAGUUUUCAGGAAGUCUGGGGGAGGGGCAAUGCUGUUUCUUUUUUGUUAUAAUGGGCCCCUUUGUGGAGAUGGAAGAGGAGAAGAGAUCUGUGUGCCUGUGGUGCGCACGCUUCCCAGUGAUUCCCAGGGUAACUUCCCAGGGCUCCUAAAAAGCGCUGGGCCCCUGCGGUGCGUGGAAAAGGGGAGGGGGGCUGCUCCAGGAUGGAGCUGAUUGUGCUGCUCAAUGCUCUGGUUACUCGCCUGCUCUUUGUGUUGCACUCUCUCAUCGGGGUCUGGAGAGUGACUGCAGUGAAGAAAGAACCCAAGUACUGGCUGCUGGCACUGCUCAAUCUUCUCCUGUGCCUGGAGACAGGGCUCACCCUCAAGUUUAAGCAAGGCAGAGGCUACAAAUGGUUUUCACCAGCAAUAUUUUUAUAUCUGAUUUGCACAGUACCAUCACUAUGGCUACUAGAAAUUCAUCAUGGGACUCAGUACUGUGGUAAUGAGCCUGGAGCAGUUCAAAUGAAUGUCAGCAACCAAGACUUCAAUCAAUCCAGAGACACCAGUCAUGGAAGUGAAGGAACAGGUCACCACAUCAUUCAGACGGCUAAAGUCUUUGUGAAUCACCUUUCCACAAUCUGUGAGACUGUAUGGACACUGGCCCUCCACCAGACUUUUCUACUGCUACUAGUAGUUGGGAGAUGGCUUCUCCCCAUUGGAGUUGAAAUCACCCGGGAUCAAUUGUCUCAGCUGCUUCUCAUGUUUGUGGGAACAGCAGCAGAUAUACUUGAAUUUGCUAGUGAAACCUUGGACAUCGAAGAUGUUCGGAAGAAUUAUGCUCUCAUAAAUGCAAUUCUUGCUGUUUGGACCUGGAGUAUGUUACAGUUUCCACUUGAUCUUGCAGUACAGCAUAUUGGCUGCAAGCCAACUGCAUCGACUAGGCGGAUCCCCAGCUUGCUGCUGUGCAGGUACAGUGCAGAACUGUGGAACAUUGGGGUCAGCCUUUUCAUACAGGAUGGUCCCUUCUUCAUUGUGCGUUCAAUCCUGAUGGGCCACUUCAGAAUAUUCAAUCAGAUGCUGGUGUUUUUUACAGCUAAGAAUAUCUUAGUUGUGACUCUACAAUUGUAUCGUUUGGCAGUGAUAACAUUAGACUUCCGUGCUACCAUCUUGCAGAAGAGCAGGAAAGAAGUUAGCUGUUGCCCUUGCGAGCCUUACGAAGCUAGUACUCUUGCCACCGCUGACCAAGAUACAGAAAUGAAAGAGUUUGUUGCUUUUCCUCCAAAAGAGCGAUCCCAAGCUCCAUCAGAAGAUCAGUGAGCACAGUUACUGACUUGAAAGAGGCUGCAUUUCCCACAGCUUCUUCAGAAGGGCUUAGCCUAUUUCUACGAUCAAACAUACCUUGAGUGCCUAAGUCAUCUCUUCCACCAAGAGAUCAAUAAUUUCUUCUAAAUUUGAGGGAAAUUUCAGAAGCAAAUUCAUAGAAAUGGGACAUUUUUUUAAUCCAUUUUUAUGGUGGGUUUUUACUAGUUCCCUAUUAUAUUAUCCACAGGGAUUUUUUAGCCAUAGUUUGUAGUAACAAGAAAGGUUUGGCACACUUAAAGUUGGUUGUUAUGUUUGGUGGCACUGUGCUAACAUAUGUACUUGCAUGUAUUCAAAUAGAAGGACAAGCCUAUCCAUUAUAGGAAGUAGUGAAGCAUUUAGCUCUACUUGAACGGUCCAGCUAUAAAGUAGAGCACGAUGAACAAUAUGUUCACCAUGUAUGGGAACAACUUCAGCAGCAACAACUGUGCAGACAUGCAAGUGAAGGGUGGUGACAGAUUUCUACUGUUACUGUGACAUCUAAACAUUUUUCUUAAGUUUCUUGAAUGAACAAUCUUCUUCAAAAUGUUACCUCAUCCUUGGCUGGAUUCAGUUAAAAAACUAUGCAACACCAUGAAACUGCAUACACAAGACUGUCUUUUAGGAACUGCAUGGUCUGAAUAACCUAAACCUUAAAAAAAGGCAGCCUCACAGAUCAUUAGAAGACAGCUGCAUUUGUUACAGGCAUUUGCCACAGAGGUGCUUGCCUUUCUAUUUCUACCAGUUAGAAGACAAAAAAAAAAAAGCAAAACAAAACCA